AUGGCUUUUCUGAUGCCAUCUCCAUCAUCCUCAACUUCGUCCACCUCCCUGAACCCAUCUUUAAGCCCACCCAAUCUGUCACAAUGCGCGAUUUGCGGUGACAAAGCGACCGGUCGACAUUAUGGCUGUGUUAACAGUUGUGAUGGCUGUAAAGGUAGGUUUUUGGACCAGAAAUGUAAUAAAGAGUAAUAAAAAAAUGUAAAAGCUUGUGAUUUCAGGCUUUUUCCGUCGCAGCAUUCGAAAAGAGCACAUCUACAAGUGCCGGUUCCAAGGCGAGUGUAAUGUCGAUAAAAGUAGGUUUUUUUACUAAGAAUCAAAGUUUUUAGAUGCCUAUAUUAACAUAUUUAUAAAGGACGUAAAUCUUUUUAUCGUAUUUUACCAUUUAACUCAGGUUUUUUCAAGAGAAACAUAAUUUUUCAUCCAACUUUUAAAUUGAGACCUACUACAAUAUAAUUUGAUCUUUACCUUGAAGUUUAAAGCUUUUGAUAUCUUGAAUAUUAGUUUAAAUGCAAUAUAAAGUAUUGUCAGCGUCUAGAGUAAAUAAUUUUUAAUACCUAAACAUUAUUUAACUUGUGGUCGACUUUUUUUCAACCACUAUUAGGUGAUGUAUAGCGUAACAUAACUUAAUGUCACUGCUGCUGUUCUUUUUACUUUGGAUUGUUCUUAGUUAAAAUACGUUAUUUCGAAUUAAUUCAAACUAGUUUUGGCCUCAUAGAUGCAGAAAUAUUAGCAUAAACAGCUAUUUUCCUAAAUCAUGUCACUUCAUGUCUACUAUAAUAUAAAAACUCAAUUUUCACCACUAAAUUUCAGCCCACCGUAACGCCUGUCGUGCCUGCCGCUUACGCAAAUGCUUCAAAGCUGGAAUGCGGGUAGAAGCGAUUCAGAACGAACGUGAUUCCAUCGGGAAACGACGCAAAUUGGACCCGGAACUGAACGAAGGCGCCAAUUUCCUGGCCGAACUGACAAACGCCGAGAGUCUGUGCCUGCAGCUGCGUGAAUCGGUGAUAAAGAGCACGGAUCAGAUCAGUUAUGACAAGGGAAAGAUCAAGUACGAAGGGUUGCCGAAGGUGGCCACACUGAAUGAUGUGGGCUCGAGUAUUCAUCAACAGUUGCUAUUGACAGUCGAGUGGGCCAAGAGUUUGCGGCCGUUCCGCGAGCUGGAGUUGGACGAUCAGGUAUGUGUUUGGGCUUUAAAUGACCGUAAGGUCAUGGGGAGUACAGUGAUAUUAAUUUUGCGACAGGUUGUUUAUUACAGUUUUGAGAUAUAGGGCAAUAUUUGAAAAAAUCUUGGUAUCAACCUACUAUAAUAUUGUUUUAAAGCCUUAUAAGUUGAUGUUUAGCCUAGUUUUAAUUAUGAAAAUUAUGAAAAAUGUUGUCAAAAUAUUGUUGAAAGAUAUUCGAAGCCAUUUUACGCGACCGAAGACUGUAAUUGUUUGUUUUUUACUGGUAUAUAGUCGUAUCUUGUGAGCUUCUUUAAAGGGCAAGCGAAUAUGACAGGUUUGAUUGAUCUAUCACGUGGGUGUUAAGACUUUUUUGGAAACAAAAAUCAUACUUUAUUUAUAAAAAUGGGUUUACAAUAAAAGAAAUUGUCUUAGAUUUACUGUAGAGUUGAUUUUCGUUGUGGGACCUAAGUUAUAUUGGUUUAGUGACACUUUAAGUGUUUUAAUGGCUAGUACUAUAUAAAUUCGUACUACUGGGAUAAAGAGAAAGGUUUUCUUUAUAUUAUUCUCAAAAAAAAUUUUUAGGCAUCAAUUCUAAAGGCCAAUGCGACAUCAUUAAUAGUCCUCGCCGUAGCCAUCAGGUCGAUGGGCCUAGAUGGUGGAAUAUGUUUGGCCAAUGACACAUUCCUGCCAAUUGAAAAUGCAGCAUUGGUUGGUGAUAUAAACGCGGUGGUGGUGCGGAUUGUAAGAGAAUUGGUUCGACCAGCACGGGAUAUUAACGUAGAGCUGUCUGAGUAUAUUGCUCUGAAGGCUGUAUUGUUCUUUAAUCCUUACAAUGCUGGUAGGUUUUUGGAUUUUUGUAAAGGUUUUGGUCGUUUUUAUAUUAGGGGGUGUUUUUGAAGUUUGAUUUUGGCCCAUUUUUCGAAAAAUUAAGGGGGAAGGUCGGGGGCAGCUUGCGCAGAGUGUUUUGCAGGCUGCACGGCUAAUUGUUGCACAAACUGCCAUUAUUAAUGUCAUGAAUGGGUGAAAAUUUAUUUUUAGGUAACAAAUUUAAUUCAAUUUGAUUUUUUUAUUUAAAAAUUUUAAAUUUUGUGGAUAUUUCUAAGAAAAACUCCAAAUUAAGCUACUAUAAUAUUAGGUUGUUAAAAUAAUUUUGAGCCACUCUUAAAGCAAAUUUUCAGAGUUAAGGGGCGCAGAAUUAUUUGAACUGCACAGUAUAUGCUUUUUUAACGCUAUAUUAUUUGCUUUUUACUGUGCCUUGAGGCUAUAGUAUACUUUUACUUUCCCGUAUGAACUCGUACCUACUACAAUAUAAUUUUAGUGUCGAUUUCGCCGGAAUGUGUGAAAAAGCUGCAAGAAUCGCGACAAAUGGCCCUAAAAGCCCUAAAGCAAUCGGUUCAUGAUGGCCCGGAAGCGGAAUGUCGAAUGGGUCAACUGUUACUGUUGUUGCCGGCUGUUCAGGCUGUAGCUCAGCAACUGGCUGAAGAUGUUCAGCUUUGUCGAUUGUUUCAACUGACAUCGGUGGAUUCGUUGAUGGAGGCGUUGAUUCUACAAGAAUAUAAAGAGGAUUCGAUGGACAAGAAGAUUCUGGUCGAGAGGUUGAGCAUGAACCCUUGA